UGAAAUGUCAGCUCAGCCUUUGUCCAAUGGGGAAAUUUUCCGUGUUGUUCCCGUUUGCUACAUUUCUCAAGUGUCCGCCAGUACGCCAUUUAAGCUAGCUUUGCGGGAUUACACACGACCCGUCCCGUCUUUCCUCAAUAAGGGGUCUUCCCUAAAUCCUAUUAACAUCUGAUCCCCAUUCACACAGUGGAGGAAAGCUGGACUCGGAGUGUCCCGUAGAAUACCACUCUUAGGAUUACUGCGAGGCAAGCCGAAUGUUGGCACACAAAUACCCACAUCAGACGACUUUGAACCUUCAGAGUUUGAAGAAACAUUAGGUUUACUCGGCAAGCGUCUGAAAACCUCUUCGUUUUGGCGAUUUACGAAAAAAAAGACCCCUAAAAAGUCGGUUUUCUGGCAUGCUUGAUCACUAGGAGAAGAAGAUGUCGUCUGACGGAACCUACAAGAUAACUGUUGUCUGGAGCAUUCUGCUGGUGUCGGCGGGCGUCGGUCAAGCGAUUGACAGCGUGGGCAUCCUGAGUGACGUGGGGUGCGGCACGACGGACCUCCCCAGCCCCGGGAAGAUUGUGAACUCGUACGAGCCGCUGAACGUCACCCGGCUAUGGGGAACCGUUGCCACCUGUAGCUUCACCAUGCAGGCGGAGACAGACGACCAGCUGCUCCGCUUCGUCUUCCGGUCCUUCUCGGCAAGUCCCGGGGACUGUUCGCUCACCUUCGUCAAGCUGUACGACGGAAACAGUAACGCCGGAACAGAACUGGCUAACGUGUGUCAGGAGUCAGCCAUGGAGACAGAGUACGUGUCCACAGGGAAGUACAUGUUACUGGUGGUGUCACUGCUGGGGAACUCUACCUUCGUCAACUUUACAGCAGAUUACACCGCAUUCAAGGAAGAGACGUGUGCGGACGAGGAGACCCAGUUCCAGUGCAGUAACGGCCGGUGCAUCUCCCGCUCCCUGCGCUGUGACGACGUGGACAACUGUGGGGACUCGUCGGACGGGUCACAGGGACCUCCGGCCAACUGUAGCGACGACGAGGAGACGACCGCUGGCAGUGACCUGACCGCCGUGUACGCCGCCUGUGGGCUGGUCGGCGCCUUGCUGCUGGCGUACCUGUCAUACUGGUGCUUCUGGAAGCCGGGCUGGGCCCAGUGGAGGUUCGGAAUCUGUCGGUACCUCAAGAGCUGCACGCGGAAGAAACCAGAGGGUUCGAACCAGACCAGCGACAGUUCCAAGGUCUCUCCCAAGGACGCCAACCGGAAAGGGAAGGGUGGGACAACCUCGACGGAUAAGUCUAGGCCCUUCGGCCUCACUCGUGAAGCUCAUCUCACCACCGGUGCUCCUAUCGGUAGUGGAGCCGCGUCGUUCGACACCCUGCGCACUGCGUUCAGCAGGGAGUCGGGUAUAUCUGGGCUGUACGGCGGCUCGGCGGGCGAGCCCUCUGCUUGGCGGGGCCCAAGCGGGGCUGCCCCGGGAGGAGAGCCCGGGAGGGCCCGCGGGUCCCUGGACACCGGGGUGGAUGUGGACAUGGAAGGGGAGAGCGGGCCCGGGGUGCCCGAGGACGAGGGGUAUCUCCUGUACCUCAACGCCGACUGCGGGCAUGCCAGGGAGAGCCGCUAAAGUUACUGACUUUCAAACGUUUCCAUUACCGAUGGUGUGACACUAUAGCUAAACCCAGCAAAAAUGCUUGUUGAGCAUUGCGAUUUUCUUGUAUCCAAGGCUAUCGGCACGUCAAUAUCAAUGUUACUUUAAGAUUUAUCUUCCUUCAAGUUGUACAAGAAGUGUACUUAAAGCUGUAUACAUGUAGCUGAUUGGAGCAUCUGAGCGAUUUUGUCGAAAUUUGUCUUGUGUGAAACGCAUUAACCAGUGUUUUUGCUGUGAGACUUUAUACUAUUAUUUGUACACUUGUAUAAUUAUGACGCCAACAUGUCUGAAUUGCGGAUACUCUCCAUGAGACCCCUGUGGCGUCUUCAAAUACAUGUAGGGGAGAACGUACAGAAGAAAGAUGAAUUACCCAUGCAUUUCGACAAACAUAGACUGUUAACGUUGCUUCAUGACAUAGUCAGUGCUUGCCUAAAUAAUGUGAGUGUUCUAUUUCAUUGCAAAUGAGUUAUUUUCAUAAAUAAAAGUGUGAUAAUUUCCA